GGGACUACGGGCGCCUGCCACCAUGCCCCGAUAAUUUUUUGUAUUUUUAGUAGAGACGAGUUUUCACCGUGUUAGCCAGGAUGGUCUCGAUCUACUGACCCCGUGAUCUGCCCGCCUCAGCCUCGCAAAGUGCUGGGAUUACAGCUUCCAAUAAAAAUAGGACAGCAGAACACACAUACCAAAGUCAGUACUGAGCACAACAAGGAAUGUCUAAUCAAUAUUUCCAAAUACAAGUUUUCUUUGGUUAUAAGCGGUCUCACUACUGUUUAAAGAAUGUUAACAAUAUGAGAAUAUUUGGAGAAGCUGCUGAAAAAAAUUUAUAUCUCUCUCAGUUGAUUAUAUUGGAUACACUGGAAAAAUGUCUUGCUGGGCAACCAAAGGACACAAUGAGAUUAGAUGAAACGAUGCUGGUCAAACAGUUGCUGCCAGAAAUCUGCCAUUUUCUUCACACCUGUCGCGAAGGAAACCAGUGUGCAGCUGAACUUCGGAAUUGUGCCUCUGGGGUUUUAUUUUCUCUCAGCUGCAACAACUUCAAUGCAGUCUUUAGUCGCAUUUCUACCAGGUUACAGGAAUUAACUGUUUGUUCAGAAGACAAUGUUGAUGUUCAUGAUAUAGAAUUGUAUCAGUAUAUCAAUGUGGAUUGUGGAAAAUUAAAACGACUCCUGAAGGAAACAGCAUUUAAAUUUAAAGCCCUAAAGAAGGUUGCGCAGUUAGCAGUUAUAAAUAGCCUGGAAAAGGCAUUUUGGAACUGGGUAGAAAAUUAUCCAGAUGAAUUUACAAAACUAUACCAGAUCCCACAGACUGAUAUGGCUGAAUGUGCAGAAAAGCUAUUUGACUUGGUGGAUGGUUUUGCUGAAAGCACCAAAUGUAAAGCAGCAGUUUGGCCACUACAAAUCAUUCUCCUUAUCUUGUGUCCAGAAAUAAUCCAGGAUAUAUCCAAAGAUGUGGUUGAUGAAAACAACAUGAAUAAGAAGUUAUUUCUGGACAGUCUACGAGAAGCUCUUGCUGGCCAUGGAGGAAGUAGGCAGCUGACAGAAAGUGCUGCAAUUGCCUGUGUCAAACUGUGUAAAGCAAGUACUUACAUCAGUUGGGAAGAUAACUCUGUCAUUUUCCUACUUGUUCAGUCCAUGGUGGUUGAUCUUAAGAACCUGCUUUUUAAUCCAAGUAAGCCGUUCUCAAGAGGCAGUCAGCCUGCAGAUGUGGAUCUAAUGAUUGACUGCCUUGUUUCUUGCUUUCGUAUAAGCCCUCACAACAACCAACACUUUAAGAUCUGCCUGGCUCAGAAUUCACCUUCUACAUUUCACUGUGUGCUGGUAAAUUCAGUCCAUUGAAUCAUCAGCAAUUCGGCAUUGGAUUGGUGGCCUAAGAUUGAUGCUGUGUAUUGUCACUCGGUUAAACUUCGAAAUAUGUUUGGUGAAACACUUCAUAAAGCAGUGCAAGGUUGUGGAGCACACCCAGCAAUACA